AUGAAAGACCAUAUCUUGACCGACAAUUUCGUUUGUCGUUCCAUUAUCUCCGGGUUCUCGAGGAUCAGGGAGCCGGCGCUUGGUCUGGACUUUUUCGAAAGAGCAAGGAAAGUCUUUCUUCCUAAUCUCGUCACCGUUACGACUGUGGUCGAUGCACUGUGCAGGGAAGAUAGAAUCAACGAGGCCUGCGAUCUGGUUCGGAAUAUGGAAGGCCAGGGAAUGGCGCUCGAUGCCGUUCUGUAUAGCUGCUUGAUUGAUGGGUAUCUGAAGAGAGGUGACCUGAUGGAAGGUCUUCGGAAGCACAAACUCAUGGUGGAUAAGGGAAUUACUCCAGAUGUAAUUGGUUAUACUAUCAUCAUUGAUGGGUUGUGUAAAGAAGGAAAUGUAGAGAAAGUGAUCGGUUUUCUGGAGGAAAUGGAGAGCAAAGGUGCGCAUGCCAAUGUGGUGACUUACACAGCUGUAAUUCAUGGUUUCUGCCGGAGGAACAAGUUGGAGGAAGCAUUUUGUGCCUUGAGGAAAGUGGAAGAGAAGGGAGACUUGGAUAGAUUUUUUACUUUGCUUGAGGAAUCGGAGAAGAAAGAGAUUAAAGUUGGAACAGUGACAUAUAACACAUUGAUCAAUUCCCUGUGUAAAGCUGGCCAAGCAAGCAAGGCAAAUGAGAUCUCAAAGGGCUUUACCGGUGAUAAUUUCACCUAUGCGACAUUGUUACAUGGAUACCUGAAGGAAAUGGAUGUGGUAGGCAUCUUGGAGGUCAAGAGGAGAUUGGAUGAAUCUAGCAUUGUUCCUGACAUUGUUACUUGCAAAGUUGCAAUGUCCUUAUCAAGGCUUUGUUUAUGGCAGAUGACAAAUGCCAUGUUCCUUUACCUUAGCAAGAAAAAUGUGGACAAAGCUAUUCAUUUUCUAAAUGUUAAAUGCAAAAGGAUCAUUUCAGUCAGUGCCUUGACCACGGUCAUUGACACUUUUAAGAAGGAACCUAGAAUUGAAGAUGCUUACCAGUGUUUAUUGCAAUCUGAAAAAAAUGGAGUUCCUGUGGAUGCAUUUGUUUACUCUCUUGUGGUGGAUGGACUUUGCAAGUCAGGUUAUCUCGAAAGAGCUCUAGAUCUCUGUGGAAGCAUGAAAAGAAAGGGGAUAUACCCUAAUGUUGUCAUCUACAAUUCUGUAAUCAAUGGUGCAUUAUCUAGAGAAGCUGCAGAUUGGUUGAAGAAGCCUUGGAUCUCCUCUCAGAUUUGGAAAAGAAUUGUUAAUCCAGAUGAUUAUACAAUUGCGGCUAUCCUAAAUGGGUUUUGUCAAAGAAGGGACAUUGAAGGUGCCCUAGGUUUUUUUACUGCGACCAAAACGAGAGGAUACUUCUCAGAUUUCUUGGGUUUCAUGAAUCUCGUAGAUGGACUCCUUGCUGAAGGAAUGAUGGAGGAAGCAAGGAGCAUUUUAAGGGACAUUCUGAAUUGUGCAGAAAUUGUAGAUCUGAUAAAUAAUGCUGGAGAUGAGCUUCAUGUAGAGUCCUUAGAUAGUCUCCUAUCUCUUGCAUGUGAGCAAAGAAGAAUCAAGGAAGUCAUACUUGUUCUAAAUGAAAUUAGUUAUUUGUCCAUAUCUUCCACAAGGUCUAACAGUGGUAGAGUGUUUCUGAAACUAAAGGAGCUGCAUGGUUCAGGUGUUUUAGAUAUAGAAAAAUGA